CCGCUUCGAUAGCGAAUGAUAAUUCUCGCGGUGAUUUGUGACUGCUGCAGUUCGUAAUUGUUUAAUUGUGAUCAUUAUAAUCCGUAUGUGUGGAUUGCGCGAUGUGAACGGAGACUGUUCGAAAUAUGACAAUUAAAGCAGUGUGCAUGACAAUAUGGAUAAAAUGUGUACUUGAUAGUUGGAUAUUCGAUACAACAUGAGUCCGUCCUCGCACGGAGGAAAUCUGCACGUGGAGCGAUAUAUCGGAAGUUGUCUGAUAUCUCAGCUCGCACGGCCAAAUCCCAAAUCCCACGGCAAGCACGGACCUGCGACCCUUUGUUCUGCCAAUGCGACUCCAAAAAUGUCAUUGCCUGGACACGGUUUCCAAGGACCUCCAGGUUGGUCGGGAAUGCCCAUGUUAUCGAUGUCCAGACCAAGAAAUCGUAAGGCUGCUGAUUAUGAGGACUGCUCUUUAUCGCGCUUGGCCAUGCAUACUCAGGGCGCACCACUUAUUUUGAGUGGUCGGUAUAGACGCAACAAUAAUAAUACAACUAGCAGCACAAACAAUAUUCACAACAAUCUGCAGCAUCAUCAUCUUAACCAACUACAAUACCAACAUCAGCAGCAGAUUUCCCACCAGCAGCAUUUGCACCAUCAACAUUCUCACAAUCAUCAUAUUUAUCAGCAACAAAGUAGAUCUCUGCAAACAAGUUAUAUUAGUGCCGAAUUGCCUACACGUGAUGACGGUCAUAAUUCAUCUAAGGGUAGCAUCGAUACAGUUAGUGUGGUCAGCGAUGAAAGUUCUGGGUCGGGCAAUUCUGAAAGUUAUGUUCCUCGAAUUAUAAAACCACGAAAAAGACGCAAAAAGGACCGUAAACCUGUAAUGAUUAUAAGUAGCAAUAACAGUGUUGGCAAUUGUAAUAACAGUACAAAUAGUGGUUCGAAUUUAGUGACGCAAACGUCAACUCCGGUGUGCCCGCCCCAAGUUAUAGUGAAUAGUAGUUUGUCUGACACAAAGCCUGAGGCCAUUCCGAAAACUGAUACCGCUGAUGAACCUCGGCUGCACCACGACAUUUCUGAAAUUCAGGAAGAAGACAAUUCACUUGGCGCACCAAGCGAUUGCCAGUGUCGUUAUUGUGACCCAUCUGGACAAAUUUGGAAUGCCGGUCAGUUGUGCUACUCGUUGUUUUUGACGCCGCCGGCUGCAUUGCGUCGGAGCUGUUACGAGGACGCUCCUGCAUGUCCUGUUCCCGCCGCUGGAGUGAUCGGGGCAGGACGCAGCGCGGCCAAAAGCACAUGGCGAGCGGCACCGAUUGAGGUUUCCUCGGAAAUCGUCACCUCGCUCAACGGUCUGCGAGAUCUCGAGAUACGAUUUUUCUCUCAUAAGGAUGAUAGUGCGUCGUACUUGCCGUCUGAUGUUGAGAAAGGAUCGGAUGUGUUGUUGUGUUCAGGUGCUUUGUGCAGUGUUUGAAUUCACAUGUGUAUAUUUAACUUUGGAUUGACUCAAAUCAUUUA